UUGUUUUCCAAGUAAUUGGGUCAAAACACAAAAGAAAAAUACAGAGCAAAUAUUUUUGUAGUUAUUGGGCUGAAUAUUGUUUGGGCCCAACAAGUCCAUAUAAAUUAGGGUUUUCAUAUUAAAUCAACCGUCUCUUAGGUUAAAUCAUUCGACUCCUUCCUUCCUUGCAGCAAAAAGCAAUCCGCCGUCGAGCUUCGUUCGUCUCUCAGAAGAAGCUGCAAAUAUGGCGACAGCGUAUCAACCAAUGAAACCAGGGAAGGCUGGUUUGGAAGAGCCACUCGAGCAGAUUCACAAGAUCAGAAUUACUCUCUCCUCCAAGAAUGUCAAGAACUUGGAAAAAGUGUGUACUGAUUUGGUUCGUGGAGCUAAGGACAAGAGACUGAGAGUUAAGGGUCCAGUCAGAAUGCCCACCAAGGUUCUCAAGAUCACUACCCGUAAAGCUCCUUGUGGUGAAGGAACCAACACAUGGGACAGAUUCGAGCUUAGGGUACACAAGCGAGUUAUAGAUCUUUUCAGCUCUCCUGAUGUGGUCAAGCAGAUCACCUCCAUCACCAUUGAACCUGGUGUUGAAGUUGAGGUCACCAUCGCUGACUCGUAGAUCAACCCUUCUGUGGCUUUGGUAUCUCUUUUCAAAUUCUCUUAAGAAACAAUCUUCUUUUCCCGUAACGACAUUCCUUUUGAGUUAAAAAAAAAACAAAUGUUUUGUUGUAGUGAAACCCAAGUUCUUAUGUUUUCUUAAUUUAAUAGAUUUUGAAUUUUUUAAUUAGAAGUUCGUCCUUUAUUCUU